AUGAUCACCAGAAGAAGAGGCCGCACCACGAACAACACGGAGGUGCAGUCUUUAGAGGUUGAAGUGGCAGAUAGGGCGGAAACUGACGAAGAUCUCCCAAGUACUUCUGAGGGGUUCCCAGCUGACGAUAUUGACGCCGUUGGAAUAGAGCUAGAGGACCUGUUUGGAAUUGAAGACUUAAAAUGGACACUUGAAAGAGAUACUGCCUCCCCACUCUUCGAUAUUGAGUUGGCUGAUCUUGGUGUGUGCAGUGCCAAGGAUCGAGAUUCCGGGAUUGAAGCUUCAACGGCCUCGUCUCCAGAGAGACUGUCGUCCGACUUGAGGAUCAAGAACCGAGAAAACCAGUCGAGCAACAUGAGCAACAAAAAUGCCAUUGCUGCCAGAUUGAAUCGUCUCAAGAAGAAAGAAUAUGUCAACAGCUUGGAGAAGAAAGUUGGCAUCCUGUCAACAGAAAACAACAUGCUCAAACAGGAAAAUUCUCAGCUGACCAAGAGAGUGGACGAGUUGGAAGAUGAGACCAGGUACCUGAGGGCUGUGCUGGCCAAUGAGAGCAUGUUAGCUCAGCUCUUGUCCAGGCUGAGCGGUGUGAAUGGGAUGAAAUUAUCUUCCUCCCUUUUCCAGGGCCCCGACUCAAACGACCACGACUACGCCUUACCCAGGAAGCGUGUGAAAGUGGAGGAGAAAGAGACAUCUGGUGGCGUGUGUCUGCAUGUGGACAAGAACCACGUCUCAGUGGAGUUCUGCACUAAGUGUGCAGAGAGUGCAAGCACAUCGUUCAAAAUGUAG